AUGCUUCUGGCGCGAAUGAACCCGCAGGUGCAGCCGGAGCUCGGCGGGGCGGAUCCGCUGCCUGAGCAGCCCCUACGGCCCUGCAAAACCGCGGAUCUGCUGGUGGUGAAGGAGCGCAACGGCGUCCAGUGCCUCCUGGCGUCCCAGGACGGUGAUGCGCAGCCCCGGGAGACUUGGGGCAAGAAGAUCGAUUUCCUACUGUCUGUGGUCGGCUUCGCAGUGGACCUGGCCAACGUGUGGCGCUUCCCCUAUCUCUGCUACAAGAAUGGUGGUGGUGCCUUCCUGAUCCCAUACACGCUGUUCCUCAUCAUAGCUGGGAUGCCGUUGUUUUACAUGGAGCUGGCUCUGGGGCAGUACAACCGGGAAGGGGCAGCCACGGUGUGGAAGAUCUGUCCUUUCUUCAAAGGAGUAGGCUACGCUGUGAUCCUCAUUGCCCUCUAUGUUGGCUUUUACUACAACGUCAUCAUUGCCUGGUCACUCUACUACCUCUUUGCGUCCUUCACCUUGAACCUGCCCUGGACCAACUGUGGCCAUGCCUGGAACAGCCCCAACUGCACUGACCCGAAACUCCUCAAUGCCUCGGUGCUGGGAGACCAUACCAAAUACUCCAAAUACAAGUUCACGCCGGCUGCGGAGUUUUAUGAGCGUGGUGUCCUUCACCUGCAUGAGAGCAGUGGGAUCCAUGACAUCGGCCUGCCCCAGUGGCAGCUGCUGCUCUGUCUGAUGGUUGUUAUCGUCGUCUUGUAUUUCAGCCUCUGGAAGGGCGUGAAGACGUCGGGAAAGGUUGUGUGGAUCACAGCUACCCUGCCUUACUUUGUGCUAUUUGUGCUCCUGGUCCAUGGUGUCACACUGCCUGGUGCCUCCAAUGGUAUCAAUGCCUACCUGCACAUCGACUUCUACCGCCUCAAAGAGGCCACGGUAUGGAUUGAUGCCGCAACUCAGAUAUUUUUUUCCUUGGGGGCUGGAUUUGGAGUCUUGAUUGCAUUUGCCAGUUACAAUAAAUUUGACAACAACUGUUACAGGGAUGCCCUGCUGACCAGCACCAUCAACUGUGUUACCAGUUUUAUUUCCGGGUUUGCCAUCUUCUCCAUCCUUGGUUACAUGGCCCAUGAACAUAAGGUCAAGAUUGAGGAUGUUGCCACUGAAGGAGCUGGCCUUGUGUUUGUCCUGUAUCCAGAAGCCAUCUCCACUCUGUCAGGAUCCACGUUCUGGGCUGUCCUGUUCUUCUUGAUGCUUCUGGCUCUGGGUCUGGACAGCUCAAUGGGAGGCAUGGAAGCAGUCAUCACAGGGCUGGCGGACGACUUCCAGGUCCUGAAGCGACACCGGAAACUCUUCACCUUUGGUGUCACCAUAGGUACCUUCCUUCUGGCCAUGUUUUGCAUAACCAAGGGAGGGAUUUAUGUCCUGACUCUGCUGGAUACCUUCGCGGCAGGCACCUCCAUUCUGUUUGCUGUGCUUAUGGAAGCUAUCGGAGUUUCCUGGUUUUAUGGUGUGGACAGGUUCAGCAAUGACAUCCAACAGAUGAUGGGCUUUAAGCCAGGCCUGUACUGGAGACUGUGUUGGAAGUUUGUCAGCCCCGCCUUCCUCCUGUUUGUCGUGGUGGUCAGUAUCAUCAACUUCAAGCCACUCACCUAUGACGACUACGUCUAUCCUCCCUGGGCCAACUGGGUUGGGUGGGGCAUCGCCCUCUCAUCCAUGAUCCUGGUACCCGCCUAUGUCAUCUACAAGUUCUUCAGCAUUCGGGGCUCCCUUUGGGAGAGAGUGGCCUACGGCAUCACGCCGGAGAAUGAGCACCACCUGGUGGCCCAGAGAGACGUGAGGCAGUUCCAGCUGCGGCACUGGCUGGCUAUCUGA